CACCAUCUCAGCCUUCUCGCGUCACUUUGAAUACUCAUUGACUAAAGGAGUCAAGUUCUCGCUGGACGGUCCAAGAACAAUGCCUUAUGAACAGAUUUGACUCCCCUGUCCCCUCCUUCCCAUCAGCGACCAGCAGAGUUGGCCCUGAAAGCGACUUGACGGCCACCCCACAGAAGCCCAACAAGGCAAAGCUACGCUUGUUCUCUCACCCUGGCCCAUCAGUCAUCAGCCUCCCAUGCCUUUCGCGCUCUCAGAACUUCUCAACCCCGAACCUGCGACCGACACAAAUUCUGCAGAUGUUGCUGGCUCCCACGCAGAGUCGCAUGGGAUGGAUACCGCACCGCCGACUUCAGCGUUCUUUGCGCCUGAACUUUUCCAGCCCAGCGAUGAUGCGCCGCACCCUAUAGACACCCUGCCCCCAAGCGCGCAAAAUAAUGACAUUCCGAUGGAUGAUGUCUCCCUCUUUAAAGAGAGCGAACAUUUGGUCGGUCUUGAUGGGUCAAAUGAUGAAGAUCACAUCAAGCAGGAAGCAAUGGAUAUAGGCUAUCCUCCCUUGGAUGACGAGCCAGACGUUGUGGUCGAUUCCUCCCUCAUGGAUGUGAUAGAAGAGAAUCUCUACGCUGAAGAUGCUCCGGCGAGAGAGACACCAGAGAAGACCCCGAAGCAACGAAAACAUCCUGGCAAGUCAAGGAAGGCCGACCCGGACGCCGCGCCUCGAUCCUCGAUCCACUCCUCCAAGAAUGAAGGUCAGCACACGGAUCGCAGAUAUUUGUGUUACUUGUGCAGCAAACUGUUCACCAGACGUCGCUCCGUCAGAGAUCACAUUUCGAAAAUACAUAACACAAAAACUUGGGAACCUUUGCGCAGUCUGGAAAUCAUCGUCGAACCUUUGACCGGAGAGCCUCUUGAACCUCUCGAGGAUAUCAUCGCCAGAGGGCCACCUCCUCCUCCUCCGAAGCUAAGUAGGGCGGAAAGGGCGCAGAGGGCAGCGAAACGGGAAGAAGAGGAGGAAGAGGAUGGUGAGGAGCAACAAUCAGGGCAUAUUGGCGAAGAAGAAGAGAUUCAAGAAGACACUUUGUUCGGUGUGCAUCCUAUCCUUGAUUCGUCGCCUCUACCGACAAGUACCGUUGCGGCUUUAAAGAGGGUACCAUCCAUCGCAGGGUCAAGAGCAUCCUCCACAGAACCGUUUGCCACUCCAGCACCUCUCGCAGGCACAAAAAGACCGGCCCCUGAUGAUUCUGCGAAACUCCUUCCCGCCGCUGCCAGGAAGAAAGGCGCGGCCAAGGUUAAGAGCACAUCGAACAAGAAGGCGAGAUUGGGCGAGUACGAACAAAGUCCCCCGGCGGCAAGGUCGAACUUCCGCUCUCCCAGCGCUACACCCAGCACACACCAGCUGAAACUGGGGCCGUCGAAACUGAAAACGCAUACUUCGGCUGCCAGUGUGAAAUCAUCGCCCACACCAGCUUCUUCUCGCGCAGCAUCCCGAGAGAUUGGUUCUCCGUCGCCUUCGAUUGCGGAUACGUCAUCGAGCUCCAACGACGACGGCGAGGUCUUCUGUAUAUGCCGGAAAGGAGAUAAUCAUACAUGGAUGAUUGCUUGUGACGGUGGCUGUGACGAGUGGUUCCAUGGCAAUUGUGUGAACAUCAAAGAACGAGACGGCGAGUUGAUCGACAAGUACAUUUGCCCGUCUUGUACAAAACCCGGCUUGCAGACCACGUGGAAACGAAUGUGCCGGCGCAAGGAUUGCAGGAAACCUGCCCGUGUUACGCAGAUCCCUCCUAGCAAAUACUGCUCCGAUGCGUGUGGGCGAAUGUGCAUGGUGGAACUGGUGCAGAGAGGCGAUCCUCAGACUCAGACCAGUAAGGAUGGACAGUAUGUCAUUGAAGGACCGCCUCGCAAGAAGCACCGGAAGAAGCAGAAGAAAAAAGAGAAACCUGCGAAGCAGCUCCUCAACCUUGUCAAUGGUGUGGAUCCCGACAGUCGCCUCGCCACGCCAGCAUACAGUGACGAGGAAAAGACCGAAUAUGAGACCGACAGCAGUCUUGAUGAUGAUAUGCUUCCGAACCGAGGCUUCGCAUUGCGAGCGGGCGAAAUCAAAGCCCUUAUCGAGAAGUGCAAGGACAUAGAGCAGCUUAAAUCACUGGGAAGAAAACCGGAAACCCCGCCUCGCGAGAUGGACAUGGCCGAGGCGGACUCGCAGCCAACAGCACUACCGGAUUUGGAAUAUGAUGACCUGGAAACGACCAAAAUGGCGAAUAUCACGGAGGAGAAGCAACGAUUAAAGGUGCGGUAUGACAUGCAUGCCGCGCGAGAAAAAUUUUUGGAACUGGUCAAAACUCGAUCGUCGAGUAUAAUCGAGGAAGUCCGAAAGACACACCCGAAAAUGAAAGAUCUCUGUGGAUUUGAUCCCCGGAUGGCGUGGUCUGACGAAGAGUUUUGGAGAUGGUAUAAUCACAAUGGCGGGCGGGCAAUUGUCGAUGCAGGAGCGGACGCGAGGAUUGGACCGCCUGAGGAGAUACCUCAUGUUGAGGGGAACGCGAAACUUCCUAAUGGCGUCGCUCGGCACUCCCAAAGUCCGGUUGAGGACGAGGAAGAAGAGGAAAGUGACAACAUGCCCAAGAAGGGCGGCGUCUGUAUCAAGAACCGAUGUCCACGACAUCGCAAUUGGGCAAAGGGGGCGCUUGCAGAUGUGCGAUUUGAGCAAGAUCUUGCCAGAAAAGCUAUCCAGAAGCGUGAGGUAGAGGAAGGGGAAAUCAGAGACAGGGCUGUUGUCAGAGCGUGGGAGAAGAGAGGAUGAGGCCAUGGUGGUUAGUGCUCACGGGCAGGCUCGAGGACACGGCAUGGUCAUAUUCCCGACCACGGAGGAGGCGUACUCCCUCGGUCUAUAUCCGCUCCAAAGAGAGCGGCCAACAUGAGCAGGGAUGGCAUGAGAGGACACGAACUUCAUUGGAAUCUGUACAUUGGUAGGAUCAAUAUUAGGGCUCUCGAGAAGCCUGUUUUGCAACAGGGAACUGGUCACUGAACUCACUUGAUAUCCGCGAGAUUGAUCCUUGAAGCUUGGAAUACUUCAUUCUCA